AAUAACCCACCUCCCUCCUUCCAAUCUCGUGUCUUUGACCCAGUAAAUUUGCCGGCACAAGUUGACUAUAACUCCAAACUACACAAGCCAUACAUCUCCCAUCUCCACCAUUAAAAUCAUCAUCCCUCACUUUCCAUACUCGACCAUUAUUUCUACUUUGCUUCAAUCCCCUUUGUUCUUAUUACCUUUCUAACAUGUUUAUCAUGAAUCUUAGCAGCCCAAUUCUUGUUCAUUUCAUUACAAUCGUUGUCUUUUUAGUCAUAAUUAGAUUUUUGGCAAAAACAUCAUUUCUACAUAUUCUUGCUAGAUGUUGGAGAUCAUUUGAAGACAAGUUUUAUGUUUACCAAAUCUUCAAGGUUCCACAAUUCAAUGAUCUUUCCCUAGAAAAUCAACUCUACCACAAGGUCUCCACUUAUCUAACCUCGCUGCCUGCCAUCGAAGAUUCUGAUUUCACCAAUCUGUUUUCGGGUUCGAAAGCGAAUGACAUCAUCCUACAUCUCGACAAGAAUCAAGUGAUUCAUGAUAGUUUUCUUGGGGCUAGAGUGCAUUGGAGCAAUGAGAAAUAUUGUGAAGGAAAUGGUAAGAGAACAUUGGUGUUGAAGUUGAGAAAGAAAGACAAGAGAAUGAUUCUACGUCCUUACUUGCAGCACAUUCUUUCGGUUGCGGAUCAGGUUGAGCAGAAGAGCAAAGAAAUCAAAUUGUUUAUGAAUCUAGAGAAGAACCCUUAUGAAAAUGGAAGGUGGAGAUCAGUUCCUUUCACACAUCCAGCCACCAUGGAUACAAUGAUCAUGGAUGGAGACUUGAAGAACAAGGUAAAAGCUGAUCUUGAAUUGUUUUUGAAGUCUAAGCAGUAUUAUCACAGAUUAGGUCAUGUAUGGAAAAGAAGUUAUCUUCUUUAUGGCGCGUCCGGGACAGGCAAAUCCAGCUUCAUUGCAGCCAUGGCUAGAUUCCUCAAUUUUGAUGUCUAUGACAUUAACAUCUCCAAGGUUUCCGGUGAUUCUGAUCUCAAAAUGCUCCUGCUGCAAACCACAAGUCGGUCCAUGAUUGUAAUUGAGGAUUUUGAUAGGUUCUUGACUGAGAAAUCAAGGGAUGUGAGCUUGUCUGGGGUCUUGAAUUUCAUGGAUGGAAUUGUUUCGUGUUGCGGCGAGGAGCGUGUGAUGGUGUUCACCAUGAACUGUAAGGAUCAAAUUGAUCAAGCAGUGUUAAGGCCUGGCAGGGUUGAUGUUCAUAUUCAGUUCCCAUUAUGUAAUUUCUCAGCAUUUAAGAGUUUAGCCAAUAAUUACUUGGGAGUGAAGGAACACAAGCUUUUCUCACAAGUUGAAGAAAUUUUACAAUAUGGUGGAUCGAGUUUAAGUCCAGCUGAGAUUGGUGAAAUAAUGAUCUCUAACAGGAAUUCGCCGACCCGGGCUUUGAAAUCAGUCAUUUCAGCUUUGCAAUCACAAACCAAUAGCGGUGAUUUAAGAGGGCCAAGCAAGGUUGGCCAAAGAAUGACUGGCAGUAGGUCAGCUCGGUCCAGCAGGGAUGAGACAGGUGAAACUGGAGGUGUGUUUAGCCAAGAAAGUAGUGUUCAUGCUGUGAGGGAAUUCAAGACAUUGUAUGGAUUGUGGAGGAUGGGAAGUAGAAGAAAGGAAUCAAUGGAUUUAAGCUCUUCAGCAGAGAAGGAAGAAUCACAGCAAGCAGCUUAAUUAAUCUUCAAUUUAGAAAUAUAGAUCAUAAUGUUAAUUUUCCUUUUCUUUUCUUUUGGUUGCAAAGUAGAAAGACACCCUCUUGUAAAAGGGUACACAUCAUAGUGGUAAAGAAAAGGUUUCUCUUUUUUGUUUAAUGGCAGUCAACAAUUGACUCUGCCUGAAGGUUAAUGUUGAUGAACACUCCAAAUGCCUCUUGCAAAA